AUGGAUGACGAGAUCGUUAAAGAUGAUGGUACCGAGGAUGGUAGAAGCGAUGUUUUUGACUUGUCCAGUGAUCGAGGUGGUCAGUGGCGAGUUGACAGAAGUACAAAAAAAGAUACAAAAGUUGACAUGUCAAACAUGGAUAGAUCACGUGCCGUCUUUUUAACAUACACCAAAUAA